CGAUUUUACAGUCAAUCAAAGCUAGAAAAACGAAAACCGGAAAUUAGUCACUACUGAGAUUUUAUUGGCCCUGGACAGCYGAAACUUGAACCCAGUUGGUCAAAUGAGGUGUCAGUCGAAAGAGGAGGGCCUGGCGUCAAGUUUGAUGCAUUGCACACGGACACAGGUGGAACAGGAAAAUGAUAUAUUUCAAAAUAAAACAAAUACAAAACGGCACGCGGGCGUUCCGCUGAAUGUUAACAGAGCUGAAGAUGACAAAUGAAGCUGAUGAUGUUUAGCUUAAAAUCAGUUUAAAAGACCUAAUGACAGGUGGUUUAUGGUCUCUUACAGACUUUAGGAAGUCAAAGCAUCAAUAGUCUGAAAAYGUCMAAGUAAAAUCUGGCCCUGAAGUGAACAUGGUGGUUCAGUAACGUUCAUGUUUUUUCCACAAGGACGUUUUCCUGGUGAUCUUGUUGGAUUUGAUCCUCGGCUCUUCGGCCAGUGCGGCAGCAGAAGCCUCCCGUUUAUUACUUAUUUAUCCCGGGUCAAGCUGCAGGACAAAAACAACAGCCUGUUUUCCGCACACGCUGCAGCCUGAAGUCACACAUUUACCUGCCUGCAGGUGUUUCUGCUGUUUUUCUGACCUUCACAGACUCUGUGGAAUUUAACUCUCGUUAUUAGGAGUUUUCCUGCUGGUUUACUCAUUAACCUUCGUUAAGACGUUCCCCUCGUCUGACCCGCCCGUCCUGUCACACAUCGUCCAAAAUCCUUUACGGCUGGACUUUAAAGUGAAACCUCCUGAUCUGCUGCUCRUUAUCAGCGCCCGACUCCCAACGAGCUGCGGUGGAUUUACAGCAGAGUUUCAUUUAGUUAAUGAGUCCGACCGCUCUGCUGCUGCAGUAAGACUGACUCGAGGCUCAGCAGCUGAAGCAUUUAGAUCCAGUUAUCACUCCACAUGUKUCUGCAGAGCCCCUGUCCAUCUGCCCAUCAGGGUCAGAGGACAACAGAUGAAUUCAUCGGCUUUCAAAGGAAACAGAUUAGAGACGAAUCAAAGAAGYCRUUCARCCARCAGAGCUGAUAUGGAGARGAAUUUAUGACCAAUGAUUGCUCUGAUGUAGAUCUGUACUUUUUGGAAAGCGAACGUUAGGUUUGUGAAUUAAUGAUAUUAAAAACUCCGACCUCCAUCAGUAUGGAGCGGUAUGAGGACCAAAGUAGCUGGGCCCAGAAACUGAGAGGCAAAUCAGGAGACUAUUCAUUUGCAUAGCCUCUCUAAUGCUAACACCAGCUUAUCUACGCUAGUCACUAGCCUUUCUGAUACUAUUGCCAGCCUAUCCUUGCUAGUCACUAGCCUCUCCAAUGCUAAUGCCAUUCUAUAUUCAUGCUAAUGCAUAGCCUCUCUGAUGCUUACGCCAGCUUAUCCAUGCUAGUCGCUAGCCUCUCCAAUGCUAACCCCAGCCUCUCCAUACCACUGGACAGCAGAGGGAGUUGGCUAUCCAGUUACUAGCCCAGACAUGCUAGUCACUAACUUCUCCAAUGCCAGCACCAGCUUAUCCAUGCUAGUAGCUACUCUCUCCGAUGCUAACACCAGCUUAUCCAUGCUAGUAGCUACUCUCUACGAUGCUAACAGCAGCUUAUCCAUGCUAGUAGCUAGCCUCUCCAAUGCUAACACAAAUAAAUAGUCUCCUUUUCGUUUGCCAGUGCCGGCCUGUCGUUAAUCAUUAAUCAGAUCAAUAGCUGGUUUAGCCUCCUGCUACAAGGAUGUAGCAACCGCUGGUUGUGCAAUGGUCUUAGUACUGGCCCUCAUACCACAUGAGAGGCUGAAGCCCAGGGCAGGUGGUUGGUGUUUGUAGCUCUGCAGGCAGCUGAUCUCUGGUCUCUGUGUCUCCUGGUUUCAGCACCUCCUUCAGUGUAUGUGUGGCAACAACAUGUCUUUACCGCUGCUCGCCGAGGCUGUGACGGUGUCCGGGUCGGAGAAGGAGACCGCAGCGAUGAUCUUCCUUCAUGGUUUGGGGGACUCAGGACACGGGUGGGCAGAAACYCUGGCGGCGAUCCAGCUCCCUCACGUCAAGUUCAUCUGCCCUCACGCGCCUAAAAUCCCCGUCACCCUCAACAUGAGGUCCACGAUGCCCGCAUGGUUCGACCUCAUGGGUCUCAGCCCCGACUCCCCGGAGGACGAGGCRGGAAUCAAGAAGGCGGCAGAAAACAUCAGGGCCAUAAUCGAACACGAGGCUAAAAACGGGAUCCCCCCACACCGUAUAAUCCUGGGUGGUUUCUCUCAGGGUGGCGCCCUGUCCCUGUACACCGCUCUGACCUGCCAGCACCAGCUGGCUGGCGUCGUGGCCCUCAGCUGCUGGCUUCCUCUCCACAGGAGCUUCCCUUCGGCGUCCAGCGGAAACAAGAACCUCCCCAUCCUGCAGUGCCACGGCGAGAUGGACUACAUGAUCCCCGUGCAUUUUGGUGCCAUGACAGCAGAAAAACUCAAGUCCAUAGUUAACCCUCAGAUGCUCAGCUUUAAAACCUACCCAGGCCUCCCUCACAGCUCCUGUCCUCAGGAGAUGGCAGCUGUAAAGGAAUUUAUCGAGAAGUAUUUGCCCCGGAUCUGACCUUCACCUCGUUCCCACUGUGACCCCGCCCCCUCCGAGACACUGACGUCUGACCCCGCUAUUAUUCCUGCAGGAAACAGCCAUGAUCACCCCCCCCCACACCCACCCAAACACACACACACCAGUCAUGAAUCAGAUAAAUAAUCCCACUCAGCUCAGAGGAGCUUCUCAUACGGUCCGACCUGAAAACACUCGUGAGUCUCGGCCUUCGGGGGAGAAACACCGACUCUCGCAGCACAUUCCCCUUUUUUUAAUUUAAUUUUAUUUAUUCUGUUGCCUUGAUUCUUUUUUUUAUUUUAAUCCGCUCUGCUUUCUUUAAUCAGCUUCCAUCAGCUGCGGCUCAAACGAUUGGGAAACCAGCAGAAAGGCCGAGUCAGACCAGAUUUAUUCACUUCCUUUACUUCAGGCGGUGACAUCACUUCUGCAGGGAGGAGAACUCAAACACAUGUCAGACAUGAGAGCUUCUCACAGAAUCGGGCUUCAAUCAAACGUUUCUAUUCUUAUAAUGUUUGAUCUGAAAUAUUUCUCUUGGGUUCAUGAAGCUCCUUUAACUGUCCGAAGCUUUGAGUUUUACUGCGAAGCUUAUUGGUGCGAAACGUAGCAGCAGGUGUUUUAAAAGUCGGAUUAGUUAUGCCCAUCACUGCUGUUUAUGUCCUUCAACAUGACUGCAGCACUUCAGAGUUAGAUUUUUACCUUUAAUCUCAGAUUAWAAGAGUGUUUUCAGCUGCUGCACGGACCCAAAGGUUCUGACUCKGCUUGUGGGAGAGCUGGUUUUCCACCUUUACCUGUUCGUAUCCAUUCCACCCCCUGCAGCCUGUCUGGGUCUAAUAGAAACACACGCUUUCUGUUUCUGAGCCUGCAUGGACCGGACCUGACCCGACCCGACCCGGCAGGAACAGAACCUCCGUUAGUUUCGGUCUGAACGGCUGACUGACCCACACAGACGGCACAUGACGAGUCGUUUCACUGUAACCCCGCUUCCAUCAGUUUGAGCCUAGCCCCGCCCCCCAACAGCCCCGUCACUUUUUAUUCCAGAGAAGCUCUCAGCUGCUGAAACCUGCUACUAAACGGUCAGAUUUAAAGCAGAACUGCUGAAAUAGGGAGAAACAAAUUUUAAACCAUUAAUGUUGAACAACUUGUAAUCUUUGGAGUGUAACUCUGAGGACAGGAUUGUCCUUAAUAUUUAAAAUAUGGGUGUUUUUUUAAAUAUUUUUUUCCUUUUGUGGAUUUUUGCUUGCCUCGUGGUUAAAUAUUUUUCUUUUCUUGAAUCUAAUUUUAGGACUAAAAUAUUUUCCUAAAGAAGGAAAGACGUUUGCUUUGAUUGUUCACAAAUAAAAGAAUGUCUCACCUCUUUGACUUGUUUUUUUUCCCCUCWUCUGAAUUUCUGCCCUGCCUUUCACUUCUUUCUCGGGUUAUUUUCUUUUGCUAGUUUUGUAUGUUUUGUUGGGUUUUGUUGUCACCUCAUUUUUUUGUUUUUGUUUAUGAAAAUGAGCAUUAAGAUGUUUUCAGGUGAGACUGCUGGUCUCUCCACUUAUUGUUUCUAAAACACCUGUCUGCAAAAUAAAUGAUCUAAACAAACAAACAAAAAAA